CGGCCUCUCCCAUUCUCAGUGGACUUGAGCACAGACCAUUAAUGCGUGUGUGUGCUUCCUUCAACAUGUCCGCACAAAGGUUGCUGCUGUGUUGCCUUCUUUUUAAAGGCACUCUGGCACUCUCAGGCAACUUUUGGCACAUCACCGACCUGCACUGGGACCCGUCCUACGCCCUGGGAGACGACCCUAAGAAGGUGUGCGCGUCGAGCGGUGUCCGACCCGCCGCGCAGGCGGGCGCGUUCGGUGACUACGCGUGCGACUCGCCAUGGAAACUCAUCAACUCCUCCGUUUAUGCAAUGAAGAAGUUUCUACCAGACCCGGAUUUCAUUGUGUGGACUGGAGACGACACGCCGCAUGUUCCUGACCGGGAUCUGAGCAAAGAGGCGGUGCUGAGCAUCAUCAGCAACCUCACGGACGCCAUAAACCAGGUCUUUCCAAAAACCAAAGUGUACUCGGCCCUGGGCAACCACGACUACCACCCCAAGAGCCAGCUUCCCGGAGGCCCCAGCAUCAUGUACAACCAAACAGCUCUAAUAUGGCAGCACUGGCUGGAGCCCGAGUCCCGUGAAACGUUCCAGAAAGGUGGCUAUUACACGGAGAAGCUGCUGAAUAUGACAGGCUUCCGCAUCUUGGUGCUCAACACAAAUCUCUACUAUGACCGCAACUUGCUGACCCAGAACGCCGAAGACCCCGCGGGACAGUUUAGCUGGGCGGACCGGGUCCUGGCAGAGGCGGCCGGCAACAAAGAGAAGGUGUACGUCAUAGGUCACGUGCCACCGGGCGUGUUUGAGAAGAAAAGAAACAAGCCCUGGUACCGGCCGGACUUCAACAGGCGAUACGUGGAGUUGAUUGGCAAGCACCACUCCGUCAUCGCGGGACAGUUCUUUGGACAUCAUCACACAGACACCUUCCGCAUGUUCUACAACUCGGAGGGUUCUCCUAUCAGCACAAUGUUCCUCAGCCCGGGGGUGACACCGUGGGAGACCACGCUCCCCGGAGUGAAGAACGGCGCCAACAAUCCUGGCAUCCGGAUCUUCGAAUACGACACCCAAACCCUCCUGGUCAAAGACGUGGUGACCUACUACCUGAACCUGAGCCACGCCAACGCCGGCUGGGAUCGCUGGGAGAAGGAGUACCGCCUCACCGAGAGCUUCCACGUGGCCGACGCCUCCCCCGCCUCCAUGCAGCGGCUCCUGGAGGGGAUCUCCACGGACCGCUGCCGCCUGCAGAAGUACUACCAUUUCAACUCGGUGAGCUACGACCUCGGCGAGUGCGACGCCGCCUGCCGCGUGGACCACGUGUGCUCGCUGCGAGAGGUCGACUACGACAGGUACGAGCGCUGCCUGGUGACGGAGGCGGCGUCUUCCGGCGGCGGCGGCGGCGGCUCGCUAGUUGUCCUCUCUGUGGCUGCAAGCAUCCUGUUUGUUUUCAAUCAGCAGUAGUUAGCAUUUCACAUGGGUGACACAUGAAGAGGAAUGCAUGUUUUUGUUCGCUAACAACCAUUUUCAACCCAUGUUGCUUUUAGGACCAGUCAACGCAAGAACCCUAUUGGUUUUGGAGGAUGUCAUCACAAGUCAUUCUCUACCAAAAAUCUUCCAUCAGCACCAAUGUGCCAUAAUCAAAAGCAAGAACUGUAUUGAUCUUGAAUAACAUCCAACAUUUUUUUUAUUUUUAGCACUUUUUUAGUUGCAUUUUUCGAUUGAUCUGGUAAACUUUCAGGGAUAAUUGCUCUUUAAUGUAGCAAAAACCCUACAGAAUUGAAACAAUAUCAAGCACCACCCACCCAGUAUUCCACAAACCCAUUAAAGGAAAAUUUGCUGAGGCCGAAUCAACACGUUUUGUUAGCUUCUGAUCACGACUCUCACCAAUGUGUGUGUGUGUGUACCAGAUGAUGUCGUUUCGUUUUCUGUUCUUUUGGUUUACCCCCAUACAGCAAAAACGUCUCAACGAACAUUGGACACAAAUUCCUCAAUCUGAUUGACAAACACUUUCCCAAAGACAACACCCUAAGAAAAGUAUUCAACAAGAACAUUAAAUUGAGCUACAGCUGCAUGAACAAUAUACGACAAAUCAUCUCAAACCACAACAAAACAAUUGCAAAUGAGCCGUCGACCCCCAGACAGAGCGACUCCAAAACCAACAAAGGAUGUA